UUAUUUAAACCAAAUAAACUGAUUAUGGAAUCGAACCAAUUUUGAAAAAAAAAUCAGUCCGUUGCUAAAGCCAUCGCCGCCCAUAAGCCCUAGAACUAGAGAUAAAUGAAACCCCAAAUUACACGCCAAUACAUUGGCUGAAACAAAGUGGUUUGCAUUUUGGGUUUAAAUCUAUUUCAGAAAUUCAGAGAGCUAAAACGUAGAUUAUAAAAAAUGGCGCACAGAUGCGUUACGACAUCAGCCUCAUCGAUUCGGUUCAGUUCUUUGCUUUACAACCCAAAUUCAAGCACCAGUCUUGAUUCUCAUAACUUGUCCUUUCCUUCCCAUACUCGUCGUACAAGGAAAUUGAAGAAGCUAGUUAGUAAUCAAAGUAAUGUAGUAAUGGGUUUUCAGCCAAAGGAUUUUUGGGCUGCAGAGACAAGCUCUCGGAAGGGAAUUUGCUCAAUAAGGGAUGAUUUGCAGCUCCCAUCAUCGGCUUACAUUCCUAUGAAUGCGCAAGGGCAGGGGCCGCCUCCAAUGGUGCAAGAGCGUUUUCAAAGUGUUGUUAGCCAACUUUUCCAGCAUAGAAUAAUUCGAUGUGGUGGAGCUGUUGAUGAUGAUAUGGCCAACAUUAUUGUAGCUCAGCUUCUCUAUCUUGAUGCUGUCGAUCCUCAGAAGGACAUUGUCAUGUACGUCAAUUCUCCUGGAGGAUCAGUUACAGCUGGUAUGGCCAUAUUUGACACUAUGAGGCAUAUACAGCCUGAUGUCUCGACUGUGUGCGUUGGGCUUGCUGCUAGCAUGGGAGCUUUUCUUCUUAGUGCGGGAACUAAAGGAAAACGGUAUAAUUUACCUAAUUCACGGAUAAUGAUACAUCAGCCUCUUGGUGGAGCUCAAGGAGGUCAAACUGAUAUCGAUAUUCAGGCAAAUGAAAUGCUGCAUCAUAAGGCAAAUUUAAACGGGUAUCUUGCUUACCACACCGGUCAAAGCUUGGAUCAGAUUAACCAGGAUACUGACCGUGAUUUUUUCAUGAGCGCGAAAGAAGCAAAGGAAUACGGACUUAUUGACGGUGUCAUUAUGAAUCCUCUUAAAGCUCUUCAGCCACUAGCUCCUACAGCUGAUAGUAACGAAUAGCCGGGUCUUCCUUCAGGAUCAGUGCAACAAACUAGGUAUCCUAGUAAAUAUUGAAAUGCGAAGAUAAAAGGUCUAAUCAUGCCCCAGUCCUUGUACUCUUUAGGUUUUUGAAAUUUAGUUUAUCAGUUUUUAAUUUUAGGGUUUGUUUGUUUUACUGAAAAUGAUUUCUGAAAAAUGACUUACUUUUUUAGAAAAGUUAAUAUUUUUUGGUGUUUGGAUGAAUCUGUAUAAAAUAUUUUCUGUUGUUUGACAGAUUUCUUAAAAAUAUUUCAUAAAAAUUGUUUUAAUGAAACAAAAAUACAUUUGAGA